AGAAGGAAAAGGAAAAGGAAAACGGAAAGGGAUUAGGAAGAAGGAAUGAGUGCAACCGCGACUCUAACUCUAAACCUGAACCGUUCCUCCGGUUACACCAAUACCAUCGUCACUUCCUCUUUUUUCUCUCCACAUUAUUAUUCCUACACGCACAAACCAAACCCUAAUUUCAAUGCCGUCUUUUGUUUCUCGUUCUCGCUGUCUCUGUCUCUGUCUCAGCACAGACGCAUCGGUAUCUGCAAAAAGCCCAUACCCAAAGCAUUUCCCUCAAGAUGCACGUGGCUUUAUGGACAUUCGAAAAGAGAUCGAGAUACAUCCAGUCCAGAUUAUCAAUUGGAGAAUGGGUUAGGCUUAUUUGGUUCUGAUGAAGAACUGGGCACACAAAUUCCAACUCAGGCUCAAUCAGUUAUUGAAGGAUCAGGAUCGGUUCGUGUGUCAGAGUUCAAGCCUGUUCCAGAUGUUGAUUAUCUGCAGGAGCUAUUAGCUAUUCAACAGCAAGGACCCAGAGCUAUUGGAUUUUUUGGAACACGGAAUAUGGGAUUCAUGCACCAGGAACUAAUUGAAAUUCUAAGCUAUGCUAUGGUUAUAACUAAAAACCACAUAUAUACUUCUGGAGCAUCUGGGACUAAUGCUGCUGUUAUCCGAGGUGCUUUAAGGGCAGAGAAACCAGAGUUGCUAACAGUCAUAUUACCUCAAAGUUUAAGCAAACAGCCUCCUGAGAGUCAAGAGCUAUUGUCCAAAGUGAAAAAUGUGAUAGAAAAGCCCCACAAUGAUCAUCUACCUCUAAUAGAAGCCAGCAGGCUAUGUAAUAUGGAUAUCAUUUCACACGUGCAGCAAGUCAUCUGCUUUGCUUUCCAUGAUAGUAGAUUGCUCAUGGAAACGUGUCAAGAAGCAAAAAAUUUGCGGAAGAUUGUGACUCUUUUCUACCUCGACUGACACAAUUCUUAUCCAUGUCUACACAUUAUUUCUCUGCACAAGUGUGGGUUGGGAGAGAGUAGUACUUUUUUUGGUUUGUAAUUAUACUAUUCAGCGAUAUUGCUUUAAUUUGCUUAUUUGAAGUUCACUUAGAAAAAGGUAGUUUAAUCAGAUUCUUGGAGAAUGGUUGCCGACUUUAUUUUUUUUAAAAAAAGAAAAGGAAUAUAAUGUUUUUUAUAGAGAGGGUGUCACUUGCUGCAAGAAUAACGAUGGCUAAACAUUUUCGACUCUACAUUUUUUA